GUGUAUGUGCUGUCCUGUCGGACUCCUUUCUUCUGUCCAGCACGGCACGGCUCGGCCCAGCGUCACUGGCACAUACGUUCCAGAAUAAGAAAGGGGGAGGGAGUGACAGCGAGCUGCGUCCGCGCUGCUGCUGCUGCUGCUGCUGUGCACGAAACAAACCAUCCUCCCGGCAGCGUUUCUCCUCCGGUCCCGUUGGAUUUACUGAGGCGACUUCUGCAGCUGCAGAGAGGAGAAGCACAGCUGGCGGAGCCUCUGCAGCGGGAAGGUCAGGAGAGGAGGACGGAGGGAGGCAGGGAGGCAGCGCGACCCCCGGUCCGAGCACCCCGGGACCCCGCCCGGCCGCAGCUUUCCCCCCCGCUGCGCUGGAGCUCCGUGACAGCUCAGUGUCAGCUGUAGUCAGAGAUGCCCAAGACGGAGGCCGGGGGAGACCCAUGUGGUGAAGAGUGAAUUAAAACAGGAUAAAGAAGCAGAAGAGAUCAGAAAAAGGAGGCCUCGGCGAUGUGAGGAGGGAAGGACUUGAGGCCGGACAGAAACCAGAAGUGUAACAAGGAGGGGUAAUAACGUCCUGCAGGAAGACAGAGAAAGACGCUGGACUGAACGUGAGAGAGAGAACUCAGGCAGGACAAAAGAACCCUCUUGAAAAGGUAGGAAGGGACAAAGAGGGGGAGAAGAAACACAUCUGGAUGGUCUCCACAGGGACGGCCAACCGGUUACCGCCCCUCCGAAGAUGGCCUCCAACUUCAACGACAUCGUCAAGCAGGGCUACGUACGCAUGCGCAGCCGCAAGCUGGGGAUCUAUCGGCGUUGCUGGCUGGUUUUCAAGAAGUCGUCCAGUAAAGGACCUCGUCGUCUGGAGAAAUAUCCUGAUGAGAAGUCUGCCUUCAUCAGAGCCAGUCCUAAGGUGACAGAAAUCAGCAAUGUCAAGAAUAUCACGCGGUUGCCCCGGGAUACCAAGCGGCAGGCGGUGGCCAUCGUCUUCACGGAUGAUACCUCGCGCACAUUCACCUGUGAAUCAGAGCUGGAGGCAGAGGACUGGUUUAAGACGCUGUCGAUCGAGUGUCUGGGCACACGGCUCAAUGACAUCAGUAUGGGCGAGCCUGACCUUCUGGCUGCUGGAGUGCAGUGUGAACAUACAGAGCGCUUCAACGUGUUCCUCCUUCCCUGUCCCAACCUGGACAUCUACGGGGAGUGCAUGAUGCAGAUCACCCACGAGAACAUUUACCUGUGGGACAUCCACAAUCCUCGCACCAAGCUGGUGACGUGGCCUCUCUGCUCCCUGCGGCGCUACGGACGCGACGCCACGCGCUUCACCUUUGAGGCCGGACGGAUGUGUGACAGCGGCGAAGGCCUCUACACCUUCCAGACCAGAGAGGGAGAGCAGAUCUACCAGAGGGUUCACGCCUCAACACUGGCCAUAGCAGAGCAGCACAAGAAGGUCCUGCUGGAGAUGGAGAAAAGCAGCAGGUUGAUGUCUUUAGGUUCAGAGUCUGGCUCCUACCCCUGCACUCCCACUGCCAUCCUGCCCCGAUCCGCCUACUGGCACCACAUCACUGGAAACCAGACCGGCAUGGAUUCUGGCGGCGGUAAUAUGUCUGACGACGACCUACUGUCCACCCGCCUCCCUCCGGACCGUCAUUCCACCCUGCCACUGUCAAACACGCUAACACGGUCCCAACCCCACAUACACACACACUCCCCAACACACUAUCCCACCUACCCUAGACAGUGACACACACACACAGGAGAAGAAGAUGUGGACAUUGACAUAAAGACUGACACUUUCCCACAUGCAUGCAGGCACACAGUUCACUCUCUCCCCUCUUAUGAGUUGCACCGCCCUCACAGGAGACCAGGUGGGUGAGACUUACACUGGCACCGUCCGGGGACGGGCAGAAACUAAAAAAACUUGACUCUGCAAAAGACUGAAAGAAGAUUGGGAAUCCUCAUAUGGCUGCAUCUACCCACAAGUCAACAGCAGUCAGGAUAGUCUGACGUUUUUGCACACUCGGAGGCAACAAGUUGUCGACCUAAAUUCAAACUUUUUUUCCACCUGUUAUCACCUGUCGAAGGAGGAGGGAGGAAAUGACACAUUUUUAGUUCUUUUCCUUUUGUUUUCAUGAAGUGUGAAUACGGUGGGACCAGAAAGGCCGGCUCCUGAAACAGCUUCUCACCUUCAUAGUGACACAAGAUUCAACUGUCUGACGUGGAAUUAAUGUCAAUAAGGUUUGGUAUGUUAUGUUGAAACAGAGUAUAUGUGGGACUGCAUGGUACCUUAAUAGCACCACACUUGUAUGAAGGACACUUUAGUGUAUAUCCACCACUGGAUCAAUGCCUUUGAUUUCUGAUGUUGUAUUACAGUAACUGGAUCUGUUCCCUGAGCUGAGGCUCCACACCACUCUGACCUGUGAAUCAAGCUGUGAUAUUUGAACUGACUCCUCUAACUAAAGUGAAUAUUAAGAAAGAGUUCAGACUUUCCCUGAAAUGUGUCCUCUGAUACCGUCUUGUGCACACAUCCUUCUGAAGCGCUGUACAUGCACAAUCUGUGACUCCAUCGAAGGUCUCAAAGUUAAAGAGGGGCUUACAAUGAAGAGGGCAACAUUCACCGAUUUGUAAAAGCCCAAACAACAUGACAACAUGUUUUUAUUUAAUUGAAAUGAAUCACUAUUAUUCAGUGACUUUUCACGAGAUAAACCCUUUUCCUGAGGGGUUUCUGUCUUACUAUUCUCAACCAACACAAUGUUACAUUUUCACUUAACUAAAAGAAAAGAAAGGGAAAUAAUAGGCAUGCACAGAGUCCCAGAAGGGCAGGGUGGAGUGAAAAGGGCGUCUCCUCCCCACAAGGGUUAGGCUUUCCACCCGCCGUAAUGUUUAAUGUGCUCUAAUAUAUUUGAUCCCACAGGAUACACCAGAGCAGCACCUAUAACAGGUGUCUUUGGGCUAACACAGAGGGUUUUUUGAAACAACAAUAUGACAGAUCACUUUGUUUGUUUGACUGAGGGGCACAUAUCCUAUGAUGUGACCAAAGGAAGAAAAAAGGGAACCAUGGAAGUGUUGUAACCAGUAAGAUAGUUGAUGGUGUCAGAGUCUGCUACGAGGAUUACUUCAGCUUCACAUUUGUGGCCUACUUUAGAUCAUUUUUUUAACAUCUAUUCAGUGAAGGUAGUCUUUGGGUGUAAGACCAUCGCCAGGAUAAGGGACAUUAGCGACAGAGUGAGUUACUUUGUGCGUCUUUUUACAGGCUAAAGGGCUAAAAUCCUAUUUAAUACAACUUGUUGUCAUUUUCAGAGUUUUGAGCAUCGUUUCUAAAAGUGACUUUAAAAUUGUACUAAGUUAGAUAAUUAGAUCUGCUGAACAAAGCAACAUCGCUCAUAAUAAGACACACACAGUGCCGAACAAAGGGCGCUGUAAGUCAGACUUUUAAAUGAGACGGCAGGGCGUGCAGGCUGAGAGAUCAAUUAACGCAGCCCUAAUGUUAGCUAGCAGGAUUGCAGACUCCACGCGGUGAAAACAGAAGGCACACAGCUGCAGAUAAACAGCACAUUGUGGACUCUGCUGGAAAUUGUCACGCAGGAAGAUAGUUUAAACCUCCUAUCUCUCUGGGACACCUUCCAAAACAGACUGCAUCUUAUGUAACUGUGCAACUUAUUCUCCAGAUUUUACAGUCUUGUUAUUAAAAGUUUGCGACUGCUGUGGUGAACAGACAAAAGAACUAACACACAUAUCUAUUUGUACUACUUCUACACAUCCCAGAAAAAUGGGUGAAUAAAAGUCAAGACAGAUUUUUUUAGCUGAUGGUUUCAAUUGUGCCUGAUUUAAGGGCCAAAGAGGAAAAGAGACAGAUUUUUACUGCACAGACUUUGAAAAAUCUAGCUCAAGUUGCAGCUCCGUCGUAGCUCACCUGUUCUGAACCUCCCAAAAAAUGUAACCACGAGCCCCAUGUUCUACGCCUCAGCUUGAAGCAGCAUUCAAACUAAAUGGGACUUUGCACUUGGUUCUAGUUGUGAGCUAGUUUUUUGCGAGUUUGCCCGCUGAAAUAAGAUUGGCCAUUUCAUCUCAGACUACAAUCAGAAACCAAUGUGCUUCAGUCAAAUCCAAAUACUUUUUUUUUCCUCAUAAACCUGUCUGAUCAUGUAAAUGCAAAGUGUUUGUGAAAUCAUUAAAUAAUAUAUUCAAAGCAGAAUGAGAGACAGAAAGUUGUAAGAAACAGAAUUAUCCCUCGGUCACAGAUGGGGUGCAGCAUGUCAGCAUUUAUAAAGGAAAGUCUUCCCAUAGAUGCCGUAUUUAGCAACUUGGUUGCAUCACGAUCAGUGAAGCUGGUCUACAUCAGAGUCUUAUAUGAGUGAGAUAUAUCUGCCUACAUUUUGUUGUUGCACUCAAGCGUAAAUGAUUCUUUUUUUUUUUUUUGCUAAUCUUCACAAAGUUUCCUCCUACCUAUCCUUCUGCCCCUCACUGAUCUGAUCAAUCCAAAGCUGUCAUUUUGCCCACAGACAGAGGAUGUCAAAGGUGGGAAAAAAACAGAUGGCCCUGUAUGCUUUCUAUUAAACAGCGUUGCAGGCUUCGCCUUACCUUCUGUUCCACUUCCUCUUACUGAGAGCUUUUCAUUUUGUUGAGCUGGAGGAGUUAAGCCGGAUCAUGUUAUUCUCACCUGUGAGCUCAUAUGGGAGUUCUUCCUUUGUUUUUGUUUUUAAUCUGUCAUUGGGGUUAAAGACUGUGUCAGAGAGUCUUCAUAAAGUUACCUUUGCAAUGUGACGUCUGGGAUCACCGACCACCCUUACACAAACCUAAAAGCCUUGUGCCUGGCUUGUGUCUGGAUCUGAUUAAGCUUGAUUAUUGCCGCCUGGAAUUCUUGUACACCUUACUUUUAUGGUUUUCUAAGUCGUUUUGACAUGACAGGGCUAAGCAUCUAGUGUUUUGUUUACAUGAUGUAUGUUAUGUGUUAUAUGUAGAAGUGCUCAGUCAACUGCCAUACUGUGUAUUUUUGAUUUUCAGACCUCUUGUACAUAUUGCUAUUUAUUUCAAAAUUAAAUGUGUGAGUCUGUGUGUGUGUGUGUGUGUGUGUGUGUGUGUGUGUGUGUGUGCGUGUGCGUGUGUGCAUGCAUGCGUGUGUGUUAACCAAGGCAUAUUAACACGUGUGUUCCCAUGAGAGGCAGUCACAAUGAUUUUGUAUCUUGUAAUGCUGAUUCAGAGCCUGUGUACUUUUAGGGCCUUAUUUGCGCUGGCAUCCCCCCUCAGUUUCAGAGCGCUUCUCACCGGUGCUUAUUGUUGCGAGGUUACGAAAUGUAAUGUCUAAUUCCCUUGGUAGUAGUGGCCGUUAGGUCUGUUUUAAAGAGCUCUGUGUGCUUAAUAUUUUCCUUUAUUUAAGGAAAAGUCACAGUAAAAAGGUUUUAAUUAAAGGAAUGAUGUCCUGUCAUAAACAGCGGCUUUAAACCUGAAAACUGUACCUUCAAAAGACGAGUCAGACUAGUUUCUCCUCCGCCAUUGUUGUUGACAAAGCUGAUAUCAGAUGUCCCGCCCCUUCUUGAUUUAUAUUAACCGGUGAGGAAGAAGUGACAUUGUUGAGCGCGCCGCUGUUCCAAAAGUUGAGCUGUUUAAAUUAUGAGCGUUAUGGUGCUGAGCGCUGAAAACGCUGAACAUCGGUUUUGUAUUGAAAAUGGGUACUGCCGGUGUAAAAAAACUGCCAGUGUGGACAGAGGUCAUCAUCAGAUGAUAGUCCAUGCACACUUUGUCAUCAUUGUUUUCACACGUUAAUCACCACCUGAAUGAACGGCAACAAGAACACUCAAUCAUUUCUUUUACACCAUCCACUCACACGCAUGCUAAUCCUUUAGGUUUUUUGAUUAAUCAUCCCUGUUCAUCCCAUAGACUGUAGAAAGAAUGGACAGGGAUCACCUUACCUCAGGUGAAGCCAAAUAACUUAGAGCUCCUCCUGCUGAAGGAACUUCUGGUGGCUGCAGCGCGUGCAGCAGAAACGGUUUGAGAAAACAUAAUGAAACCCCAACACAACCUCGAGCGUCUGUUUAAAAUGCACACAAUAAUCUGUUCUGCUGUGGGCUGCACCUGCCGAAGGGAUUUUUUUUCCAUUUUAUUGGUACGUUAAAUGUGUGUUUUUCAUUAGCAGAAGCGGCAUACAGUAACAUGAAUGCCAAGGCUUCCAGAUUGUCCCUCUGGUUGCGAAGCCAAAAAAUGUCAGCGCUCGUUACGGGGAUAUUUCGGUUGUUCGAUGGGAAGAGGCUGAGUUAGCUGUCCAGUUGUACAAACAGUCUAUGGGUCAUCCCUCUUGAUGCGUCCGUUUUUGAUUGAUAUAUAUAUAUAUUUAUUUAUAUAUUUAUAUAUUAGGGCCUGACCGAUAUGGGAUUUUGAUUUUUGGGGCCUAUGCCGAUACCAAUAUAAGAAAUAGAAAAAAAUCUGAUGUCGAUAUAUUGGCCGAUGUCUGUCUUGUAUCUAUCAUCAAUCUGUAGAGAUUCAUAGAUAUAGAUAAAGAUAAAAUAUUUCCACUGUGGAAAAGAUGAAGACAACAUGGUCAGAGUGAUGAUGCUUGUUGUAAUCUGUAUAAGCGCACUCUGCUGUUGACAGCCAGAAAGAGAAAUGCUACUGAAAUACAAUGAUGCUCAAAUAAAAUGAUGUUUGACUGGCGUAUAAAUGUAGUCAUAUCGACGCAUAUCUGCGAUAAAAUUAGCCGAAAGGAAAGUCACUUGAUAAGCCAAUAUUAUCGGCUGGCAGAUUAAUCGGUCGGGCUCUAAAAUAUAUAUUUAUUUAUCUGAACUUUUGACUAAUUAAUGAAAAUGACCUGCUGAUGGAGCUUGAUGGAAAGUAAGAUGAUGACCAAAGUCGUUAUUGUUCUUCAUCUUAGAGCUAUGAGUAUGUGUAAAACACUUUCUGAUAAUCCAACCAGUGAUUUGUUACAUUUUUAAACGCUGACUAAAGUAUUUAACCAACCUGUCCACUUCAAUGAGACUGAACUCCCUGAUAUUUUUUUGGGAGUUUUCCUGAUUUACUCAGAUCUGUCUGGCCUUCACUGGUGAUGCAGCGUUAUGAAACACACCCCUCUGUGCGCACACACACAAAGUGACAAAACUGGUAAUGCAAAAUCUGACUGAUGGGAAUGGCUCUGAAGAAGGACCGAAGAUGACUGCACUGUUUUCCUCCAGCGUGGUUUGACAACACCUGACAGUUAUAUGGAGUGUUUGCGAUUGUAACAUUUUCACGCUGACAGUUUCCGCUCUCACCGAUGACCUCCCCUCAGCUUUGUAACCCACAAAGAAAUGUUGUUUUCACACAUUUACACUGUCUACACACCAAGUGCAUGUUUUCUACAAAAAUAAAGUCUGUUACUUACUCGA